UUUUACCUAUCGUCAAGUUUGAGCACGGCUGUCUAGCCCGACUCGAUUAGAUUAUUAUUGCGAGUGGAUUAAGGCUUACCUCUCUGGUUUGCAGCCUACGAAGAGUAUGUAAUUCAGCUUGAUCUCUCAAAGCUCUUCGGUAACGAAGCUCCUUCCUCUUUCCGUGUUAAGAUUCCAUCUCAGAUUCCUUGUUGGUAACCAAGGCACGCAAGGUUUCUCUCAGUGGGAUUGGUUCCUAUCAAAGGAGGAACUACAGUGAGGAUUUGAUGAAUGGUGCUUCUGCAGCUAGUAGCUUAAGGUCAGCAUUCUCUUACUGUGUACAGCAGGUGCGAAAUUAUGAGUACCAUCACUACCUCUGCCUCCUUGAACUUCCGCCUCACUUCCGAAAGGCUGCUUUCGCACUCCGUGCCUUCAAUGUUGAAACUGCAAGAGCCAUGGAUGUUGCUUCUGAUCCCAGGAUUGGUCUUAUGCGCCUUGUCUGGUGGCAGGAAGCUAUAGACAAAAUGUAUGCUGAAAAGCUAAUCGAGCACCCAACUGCACAGGCCCUAUCAUCAGUGAUAUGUGAGAAUAAAAUAAGCAAGGGGUGGCUGAAACGGUCCGUUGAAGCUCGGAUCAAUGAUGCAAGAAGAGAGGUUACCGACAUUCCUGAAACUAUUGAAGAGUUGGAGAAAUAUGCCGAAGACACUGUAUCAACCAUUCUGUACAUGACACUUCAAGCUGGUGGUAUCAGGUCCACUGCAGCUGACCAUGCAGCAUCUCACAUUGGUAAAGCAAGUGGCCUCCUUUUGCUGCUUAAGUCACUACCUUACCAUGCUAGCCGCAACCGUCAUUUUUCUUACAUACCGGCUAAAGUGGCUGCCAAGCAUGGGUUGUUGGUGAAGGAGGGAGGUCGAUCAGUGAUCCACUUGGAUUCUCGUGAGCACUUGUGUGAUGCAGUCUUUGAGAUGGCCUUAGUUGCUAAUAUCCAUUUACAGAAAGCUCGUCAACUUGCUGGAACAGUACCGGCCGAGGCUCGCCCGGUGCUGUUGCAGGCAGUUCCUGCCCAAGUUCUCUUGGACUCCCUCAGCCGGGUACAGUUUGAUGUAUUUGAUCCAAGGUUAUCACGAGGGGUAUUGGGUAUUCCUCCUUUGUGGUAUCAAUUGAAACUGAAGUGGCAUUCAUGGAUGGGGAAAUAUUGAGAUAUAUAGUCCUGGCCUUUUUCCCAAUUGAGGAGGAAAUCCUUCAUCAGAUUGGAAAUCAAUUUGCGGAUUGAAAUUUUUUCAUUUUGGUUUCUUCACAAUAAUGGGGCCUUACCCUGUCAAACCCAUGUCCAACACUUAGUUAUUUUAUUUUAGUUUUACUUGUAAGGACUUUCGGAGCGGUUCCGAUUGGGCAUAACUUAUGCAGCUAGCAGGUUGGGCUUG